CUCUCCUUUCGUAGUACACCUAGACACACUUAUGACCCGGAUAGUGAAUAUGGUAGUCGGGUAGCAUCCACGGUCUCAUCUCCUGAACGAACAUCUUCAUCCGACCAUCAGUCGCGUGUUGCUUCGCGAUCCUCUCGUCCAAAAACCUGACCGCGGUUUCUCUUAAGCAUUGUUCUAUUCUAAUUGGUGUGACCGAGGUUUCUACCGGCGUUACGAGUCACUGGGUCACCAUGAGGAAAGCUCUUCUCGAUAGUCCGAGGAUUCUUCCAGGCAUGGCGAACGUGGUACCGUGGCUAAUGUCGAUGUGCCUUCUCGGCCUCCAGGAGAUCGCGAUCCAGCCUGGGAGUCAUGCGCUUUCACGCGAUCUUGAAACGACCAGCCAGAGGACCGUGUCUUCGGGCUUUCGCUCGUCUCUGAGGAAUUACAAGACCCUGAUCUCGGGCCACGAGGAAUUGCCAGGUCAUAUAAAUUGCAACACACCCAAAGUCGAAGAGAAUGUGGUGGAUAAGCUACCGACCACUCCAGAAUACAAUAAUCAUCUCUACGGCUCGACGCCGGAUUCCAGCGAAUUCUUUUCGUCUCUUCUUGAGAGGAGGCCCUAUCCUAGGCUACACGGCAAAAGCUUCGAUGUACUCAAAACGGAUCCGUACUCCGUGAGCCAAUUAGAGACACACGGGUUCAAUUACGAUCCCGGUCGUGGUCAUAUCGAGGACGAUUACGUUGGACCUGCUAUGGAACUUGUUUACGCGUGGUCCACUAUCGAUUAUGCCUACGACAGCAUCGCGGCUAGAGAUGCAGCGAUCUACGACGGUGACUUCAUCGCAGAAAAUAAUCUACCGCUCGGGCUUGAAAUUUGGAGAGACAAAGUUUUCAUUACUCUUCCCAAAUGGAAAGAUGGCAUCCCAGUGACAUUGGCUACCGUUCCCAAAAACUCGAAGACCAAGAGCCCUAAACUGACACCAUAUCCAGAUUGGAGUUGGCAUCAGAAAGGAAACUGUGAUGGAUUGACCUCCGUCUUCAGGGUCCAGGUAGACGAAUGUGACCGUCUCUGGGUUCUCGACUCCGGCAAAGUGGACAUAGCUAAAGGAGGCAGUUUGGUUUGUCCUCCUGCAAUCUAUAUCUUCGACCUCAUGACCGACAAUCUUAUCAGAAAGUACAUCAUACCCGAGGAUCAAGUGAAAGAAGACUGUCUAUACGCGAACAUCAUCGUGGACAUUAGAAACGAAGAUUGCGAUUUAGCAGUAGCCUACGCUUCCGACGUAUUCCGCUAUGGAUUGUUAGUAUACGACUUCUACAAGGACUCUUCCUUCAGGCUCCAGCACCGAUUCUUCUAUCCAGACCCGUUGGCUUCUAAAUACGAGCUCCACGGUUUGAAAUUCCAAUGGACCGAUGGAAUCUUCGGUCUGGCGUUGAGUCCGGUAGACAUUCACAACGAUAGGACUUUGUUCUUCCAUCCCAUGUCCAGUUUUCGCGAAUUUGCCGUGUCCACGUCGGUUCUUCGCGACAAGAGGACAGCGGAGGAGAAUACGGAUUACUUCAUGCCCAUUGGCCGACCCAGAGCCAAGGACUAUGGUCAUUCUUCAGGGUCUGUAAUCGACAGGAACGGAGUGAUGUUCUUCAAUAUGGUGACCAGGGACUCCGUUUGGUGUUGGGAUACCAGGAAAGAAUACAUCCCACAAAAUCUUGGAGUAAUUGGGACCAGCAAUUUGUCCUUGGUUUUCCCAAACGAUAUCAGAGUUGAUCAUGAAUACGAUCAGAACGUCUGGGUGAUCUCUAACAGACUAGCCAUGUAUCUAUAUGGUAGCAUCGACAGCAGCAAGAUUAACUAUAGGGUGUUCAGGGCUAAUGUCAAGGAUGCUGUCAAGGACACCGUCUGUGAUCCUAGUUACGUCGUACCUGGUUCCGAGCACCUGUACGAUGAAUCUUGUUGAGACUUAGUGUCACUUGGCGGUGACUGAAUUCAGGAUAGUCUUGGGAAUUUUUCUUUAAAAUACUUCGCUAUUUCCGUAUAGUAUAACACUGGAUAAGGGUUUAUACUAUAAAAGAAAUCUUCUGGAUAUUACAGAAGUUUGUAACAUAAUUUUUGAAGUAACAUUCCCAACAGUCCUAAACUUUAUCAAAGUAGAUUAAUGAGAGACUUGAAAGGGAAUUUAGUAAAAAUAUCUGUCGAAGAUUAUAGACUCUUUGUUUUUAUGAGGAUGAAUGUGAAUAGAUUAUUUUGUCGAGAGUAGAGUAAGCAACUACCUCGAGUUCAUCCCCCGAGUAACGAAGAGUUCACUAUGUGUUCUUAACUCGAAGCAAUCGCGUUAGUCAACGCGAUCGAGGUUUUAGUUCCACUGUAUUAUACUCUGUAUAAUAAUGAGUCAGUGAUGAAACGUGUAUAUUAAGAUUGCGGCGAGAUGAAGUGUACCGAGUAAAUUAAAAAUGAACCGCGUUUGCUCUCUAAUGAGAAGAUCCUCUCAUGUUUCCGUGUUGUUAUACACAGAGUCGUGCAGUUAAGAUAUUUUGCUAAUCGACAAACAUGUGCUCUGGUCGCGACUUUCUAACAACUCAAGGUUCGCUCAACGUGGCGAGGCGAAUAAAUGGUUUAGCAAUUAAA